UAGUAUUUGGUUAUAUUUUGGUAAAAAUCAGUACUACUGUAUUACACUGUAUAAUAUGUGAUUAUCAUCAAGGUAUGGCUGUAUCAAUAUUUCUAUCAAUAUUUUCGACUACUUAGGCACUCGUGAUACUUGUUUAUAAAAAUAUACUUUAAAUUACCAUACAGAUAUGCAUUAAGCCAGUUAGUGCUACUGCUUCGUUAUUAGUCAUUAUGUCUCAAAAUGAGAACAUACAAAAUAGCAUUUCUUCAAAAAAGGCAACCAAAUUGAGAAAUGAAAAAAGAGGAGCUCUCGCUGCUAUAUUAUUGUCAGGAGUGAUUAUCGCUGUAUUCGUGGUGUAUUAUUUAAUAUUAGGAGAGGAAUCGCGGAAAAAAAAUUCUUUACAGCUCAUUAUAGCAAUUUUUAGACAAGGAGACAGAAGUCCGUUGAAAUGGGAAACUUAUCCUAAUGACAUGUAUGCGCCUACGAGCGAAGGGACAUGGCCAGAUGGCCUCGGGCAGUUGACCAAUGCAGGAAAAUUAAAAUCGUAUGAAUUUGGAAGACGAUUUCGAAAGCGAUACACGAAAUUUCUACCAGUCACCUACAACAGUAGCUUUGUUUUGGUACAGAGUACAGAAACUGAUCGAACACAAAUGACGGCGUCAGCAUUUUUAGCAGGAGCUUUUCCGCCUAGUGGCAAACAAAAUUGGAACAACGAUUUACCAUGGAUACCUAUACCAAUCCAUUCGAUAUCUCCAAAUCAAGACAACAUGCUUAGAGUUACAAAGUCCUGCCCUGCUUAUGAUGUAGAAUUUGAAAAAGCAAAAAAUGAAACUGAAAAACAAAUGUUAGUUAAAUAUGAAACUUUUUUCAACUAUGUAUCUAAUCACACUGGUUUAGAAAUAAAACAUCUUUCAGACGUUGAAAAUAUAUUCAAUUCAUUAACUAUUCAGCAAAGAAAUCAUCUGACUUUGCCAUCAUGGGUAAAAGUAAAAAAUUACAUGGGUCUUAUGGAAAAUAUUGUUUUAGAAUGGUUAAUUACUUAUUCGAAAACGGAUUUCAUGAAAAAAUUAAGGUCCGGAAAACUCAUUGGAGAAAUAGUUAGAGCGAUGAGAGACAAAAUGGAUGGAAGAUUAAACCCUGACAGAAAAAUGUUUGCUUACUUUAGUCAUGAGCAGACGUUAAUUGAUUUUUUACAUACAUUGGGAAUGAAAAAUCUUUUUAAACCUAGCUACGGAGCAGCAGCUUUCGUUGAACUACACAAAAUCAAAGAAGAAUUCUACGUUAAAAUUAUGUACACAAAAACCUACGACACACCAGAUAUUCUAUCUCUAGAAAUGGAAGGCCAAACUAAUUUUUUACCAACCUUAGAAGAUUUCAUAAUAUCAACUGAAAAUUAUGUACCAAAAAACUGGGAAAAAGAAUGCCAGCUUAAGUAAUCUUCAACUAUAAUACCAAUAUAAAUAUAAACAUUAAGUUCAUUGUAUAUUGUACGUACACUAAUAAUUGUAAAUCGAUUAUAAUUAAUAAUCUUUAGUCGCUAUUUCACCUACUUCAAAUUACAAUUUACAAUUACGUAUUUUUGUAUAAGCAUAGGUAAUCAUUGACAAUUGAAAUAGCUGGUAUUAGUGAUGGUAUUACAAUAUUAGCUAUUAUAUAUUAAUUUAUAUAGCUAUACAUUAAAUGGAUAACAGAGUAAAUCCAUGAUAGUAUGUUUCACAAAUUACCAAUCAACAAGAACGAUUUCUGAAAAUCUUCAAAUAUAAAAGUGUACAUAUUUUGUAGGUACCUGCCUACGUUUUAAUGAGAAUACCUACUAAUUUGUCAAUGUGUUGCAAAAAUGUAUUACCUGUAAAAA